GGUUGUCCAAGGAAGCACGGCAGUCUUCGUCACUCUCUGUUCCCUAUUGAAUAACCAAUGGAGACCGUCUUUGCCGGCAGUGAUUCCACUGGUGGCGACGAAUAUUGGAUGCUCCAUGGCGUUUUGUUACAUUCUUGCCUCAUUUACCGCAUGGUCAGUCACAGUAUUCAACCAUCCCAGCGUUUGGUAUACAAUGUGUUGGCAAUUUCCACUGCUUGGAAUUGUCGUCGAUUUCGGCCACUAUUUCGUUCAUCGGGCGAUGCAUUCCAAAUUCUGGUAUGAACAUAUCCAUUACGUACACCACAGCCUCAAUGACGGCGGACCCCUGACGGCGUAUUACUCGCAUCCCCUUGAUUUCUUGCUGGGAAUCACGGCUCCGGUGGUGCUGGGAUGGUGGACCAUCCACGGCGAUCUGAAGGCCUUCUUGGUUUAUGUUUUUCUAGCUCAGGUCGGAGCGCUGUACAUCCAUAGUGGCCAGAGCUGGUUGGGCAAUAAGUGGCACUAUCAACAUCAUGCCAAGUUGAAAAGGGUAUAUGGCUUGUUUGGUAUAAGCGACUUUUGUUUAAAAUAAGCUCCUACUUGAGUCUGCUAUCUAUAAUCACCGAAAGAUUCAGGAAUACCGAGAGCAUCGAUGGAAAGUUGAUUAAGGAACCGCUCGAAGAAUCACACGAAUUCUAAGGAUAUAAGAAUCAGUGUUGGCAUAUCAGUGUCGGGGUCAGUAUUUGGACAGGGACA